UGGACAGCGGAACGGAGAGACCGACGCGUGAUUCUUCUUUGUACUCAACCAGGAGAGUUGAGGCCGGCUCUUCCUCCGCUGCCUUCUCCUUUUUUUAACAGAAGCAGGGAGGCUGAAUGCUGGAAAUAUCCCAAUAAGCCGGUUACCCUUCCACUUCACCCGCGGCAGUCGGUCUCUCUUGUUUUGUGGAAGCGGACAUCCCGGGUCAAUGUCCUUUUGAGCCGUUUUGGACAACAAAAGGUCCGGCGACCGUUCUUUUUUCUUUUUUUUUUUCUUACCAGGGGAGGGAUUUCACAUCAGACACAUAAUUUCUUUUAGGAGCAACACAUCGCUACAUUUCCACACCUCCUUACAGGGGGAUCCGUUGAGAAAAAAAAAAGACACACACCCACAAAUCCAAGCGACAAUGGCAGCUGUAACGAGCCCGGAGACGAGCCCUCAGCCGCGAGUGUAUUUCCAGACGCCGGCCGGCACCACGGAGGAACCGGAGACCCCCGUCAGGAAGCAGGGACGGGUUACCGUCAAAUACGACCGCAAGGAGCUGCGGAAGAGACUGAACCUGGAGGAGUGGAUCAUCGACCAGCUAACGGACCUCUACGACUGCGAGGUAAAAACAACGAGCGACGCUAAGCCCGUAGAUCCGGGCGGCUCCGCCGGGUGAGCCGUUGGAGCGCGAGCCGUUACUCGGUUCUGGCCCAGAAGCCAACGGUUCACAACGGAAACGUAACCGGCCUCUU